CACACACACACACACACAGACUCAGAGAGAGGCUGGGAGGGCGAGGCAGAUUCCACAGUGUUUUUUUACCGAAAAGUCUUUAGUUUUUAGUUCGACUGAAGAAUCAUGGUGACAACUGAGACACACCAGAGCCAGGACCUGCUGGUCCCCCCCCAGAACCUGGACCAGGACCUGAACCAGGACCAGGCCUCGCCCUCCUCCCUCCUGGCAGGGUUUGAGUCUGAGAAAAUGAGUCAGGGUCCCGUCAACGCCAUCACCGUCCUCACUCUCCUCGACAAACUGGUCAAUAUGUUGGAUGCUGUUCAGGAAAACCAGCACAAGAUGGAGGUGCACCAGGUGGAGAUGGAGGGUGUGGUCAGAGGGAUCCAGGCUGAUAUGACCAAACUGUCAAAGAGUCACAGUCACACGUCAAACACCGUCAGUAAACUGCUGGACAAGAGCCGAAAGCUGUCCGUUACUAUGAAGGAGGUGCGUGACAGGAUGGAGCGUCAGGGCGUCCAAGUGAAGAAACUGGAGGCAAACCACGCCCACCUGAUCAGCAGGAACAACUUCAAGGUUCUCAUCUUCCAGGAGGAGACUGAGAUCCCCUCUAGUGUUUUUGUAAAGGAUCCUCCUCCAUUCCCUCGUGAUGAGAUUCUGGAGGAAGGUGAGGAAUCAGUGCCUUGCGUCACCGACAGCAACCAGUCUCAAGAGGGUGGGCUCCAUACCAUCGACCUAUCAUCUGAUGAGGACGUCGGUCUGGAGGCAGAGCUGGAGGAUGAGGAGGUGUGGCCUCAUGACUUGGAGAACAUGGAGAAAUCCAGAGCGGAGAAACUGAAACGAUCCAGUCUGAAGAAGGUGGACAGUCUGAAGAAGGCGUUCUCCAGACAUAACAUUGAGAAGAAGAUGAACAAGAUUGGAACAAAGAUUGUUUCUGCGGAGCAACGAGAGAAGAUCAAACUGAAAACCUCCAGUCUGAAGGUUUCACCUUUGACCUUCAGCAUCCGGAAGCCUCGCAGCAGCUCUGACUCUCAGCCUCCUGAGGCCUCCGCUCAGACUGGGGAGUCUGUUAUCACAGAGGCCGAUGUCCAGCUUUCCCCACUGGGCAGCAGCGACCUCGAGGUCCCCUUCACUGAGGUCCAUGCCCAGGUGGCCCCAGGAGAGCCGGAGCAGGAGAAAGAGAAAGUGAUAGAUGAGGUGAAGGAAGGUGAGGAGGUGGCAGAUGAGUCAGUGGUUUCAGAGGGAGUCAGUCAGGAUUACGCUCUAUCCUCCACCCUCCCUCAGGAGGACAAAGGAGAGGACGAAGAGGAGAAAAAGGAGGAAGAGUGCUGAACACUCGUUAAUAUUUAGUUUCUGAUAAAUCGUCUUCCUGUUUUGCUGAGACUCAUUUUCAAAUUGAUAUUGAUAAUUUAGCUAAUUUGAGUAAAUUUGUAUGAAUGUUGAUUAAUAUAAAUGACAAAGAGCAGACAGAAUGUCAACAAGAGGAAACCACAACAUUAAGGCUCUAAACUGGUGGAAAUAGCUGCUUAGCCUAGAGUUAAGACUGUGAGGGAAAAACAAGAAGAGGAUUUAUCAAAAUGUGAAACGAUUUCUUUAUAUUUUAGAGCACACAUUUGUUUUGUGAUCAAUAUUUUUCUUAACUGAUGGAGAUCCACACACACACACACACACACGAUCUGAUCAUGUGAUAACGUCAUCAAAAGUUAAAAGCGUUUGUUUCUUGGUCAGGUCCUUAAUGACGUCUGUUCUUUGACUGAAAACCUGAGAAUGAAACCGCUUAGUAGUGUUUUCUGAAACUUCAUCUGACUGAUAUAAACACAAUAACUAAUAAUCAGCUGAUCAAUAACAUAAUAUAUUUCAAUUGAGACAGCUGUUUUAAUUGAGGUCCUGCCAACGUUCUUCUCACAUUCCUCUCUGUCAUCAAGUGUCCACAAGCCCCGACAUUCAUAUUGAACUCAAACCGAGGUCAUUUACACCAAGUCUAAAUGUCAAAUUAUAUGUUAUAUAUUAUAUUAUGAAAUAUAAACAACACUUGAUAACAGCACAGGAGCAGAUAUGGAGGCAUGUUAUGUUUUUUCUGUUGUUUUAUUACAUCUGAAGAAUCUGUCUCCAGUUACUUCAGUUCCUUGGAUUCUGCUCUAACUCUGUUUACCCUGAAACUCCAGAAGUGUUUUGUGGACUCAACCCCCCCCCCCAACUAUCCCUUUAACAUUCCACUGACGGAUUGGACAGUGUUUCUUUAAUGUUCCCAUGAAGCGAUACUAAUGUUCUCCUAACUAAUUCUCCAAAUGUGCCCCUGAUGUGCUACUAAUGUUUCCUCAAGGUUCUACUAGUGUUCUCCUUAUGCUGUCUUUAUGUUCUCCUGAUGUUCUGUCUGAAUAUUUUUCAUCAAAAAUCAAUCGAUUCUGCUGAUUUCUAUUCUGAUCAAUAACCUGUUGUUGAUUGGUUAUUCCUUACUGACACAAAACUAUUAAUAACAGUGGUGAUUAAACAAACGGAUCAAAUAUAAAACUAAUAAAAAUCUAUCCGUUUUAUCAGUUUGAUGUUUUCAGGUUAAAAAUGUUAUUUUUUUAACACAAAAAACUGCAGCCAAAGAACAUUUCCUCUAUGUGUAGCUGAACUUCCUGUUCAUGAGUUUUACCUGUGGAACUGUUACAGGUUUGAACCUUAGCUGAACUCUGCAAAAAAUAAAAAACAUAAAAACA